AUGGCAUUUUUCAAAAGUUUUCAGCAGAAUCUGCCUUCAGUGUCCUCCCUGGUAGACACAAUCAGUAGUGCUGUGGAAGAUUUGAGCACUGCGGUUGGGGAAGUCAGCUGUGCAUUAAGUGACUCAGUCGCUGGGCAGGUAGCAAGUAUGAUGCAUGGCUUUUACCCAGAGGAGGAAAGCUGCACAGCAGAAGAGGCUGCAGGGUCUUCUAAAGUCAGAAGUGCAGUAUCGUGGGAUAGCUCCAAAAGCAGUGCUGGUCAGAAAACACAGUCAGACAGAGAGCACGAAGCAAAGCAAAGCUCCUGUUGUGACAUCUCAGCUCCUCAAAAGCAAGAACAAGAAAUGCAUGAACAGGGAUUUUAUGUUUGUGAUGGGCAGUGGACACCUUCGGAACACAAAGCAACUGGAGAUGGUUCAGGGGGUUUUGCUCUGCAAGGCUUCUUGAAUGAUGGGAUAUCAGCUGCCAAGCAGAAAAUGGUGGCUGCACCCAGUUGUCAUAAACUGGAACGUCCUGACAAAGGAGAGACAGCUGGAGGAGGAAGCUCCAGGAGUGGUCGGCGUGGUUUUGAGGAGGUAAGUUAUCUCGAAGUGACAGGGAAGCUGGACACCAGUGGGCAAGAGGCUACGGAUGACUCCAAAGCCAGACUGCAGCGUGGGGCCGUGAGCAGAGAUCACGGGCAGUCGGGGAGCUUCGCUGAAAAUAGACAUCUUACGGAUUCAGAGCGUUCUGAUCAUUUAAAAAAAGCUAAAAAACAUGAUAAACAUGGCGGAUUCGAAGGGAAUGAAUAUUCGGGAAACAAAUGUUCUCCAGAAGAUAACGUGAGAAACAGCAGACACGGGACACAGAAAUCCAUUGUGAAGGAAUACACACAUUCAGCUCCAUCAACAAAUUGUAAAAUCAAGUUUCCCACGAAAAUCAAAGAAAAAAUAAAUCCAACAAAGUACUACAAAGUGAAAGGAGACAUAAAAACAAAGAAAAAUGAAGCCAAUUCUGCUAAGAGAGGAACAGCAGAGAAUAAAGUUGGCAAAUAUUCUAAGAUAUUACCAGAAAAAGAUAAUUCCUACAUGGACAGAGAUGACCCUGGUUCAUCCUCUGAAAGUGAAGAUGAAGCAUUGGGUAAAUAUCACGAGGCCUUAUCCAGAACACACACUUCCAGGUGGCCAUUGGUGGAUUCUAGACAAAAGAACUACGCCUGGGAAACAAGGCAGAAAUACAGCCCGUUGUCUGCGGAGUAUGACGGGUACAGCAGUGAAGCGUCCAUGGAGGAUGGAAACUGCAUUCAGAGGAUGAGAAGGACACCUCCAUUGGAUGAGCUGCAGCCACCACCUUACCAAGAUGACAGCGGUUCGCCUCACCUCUCAUGCACACCCUCUGAGAUCGGGGAUGGCAAGUGUGAGAUUUCCCGCUGCAGCAACAGCCCAUGCUGCUCUUUCAACAAGUGCCCCAGCGAAGGAAGCACAGGGCAUGAGGCAGAGAGCUUUCACAACAAAGGCUAUGAAGAUGAUGUCCCUAGCGACAGCACCGCAGUCCUCAGUCCUGAAGACAUGUCAGCUCAAGGAUCCUCCUCACAGCUUCCUAAGCCUUUUGCUCCAGAGCCAGAAGCUAAAUACGGCACAUUGGAUGUGACCUUUGACUAUGACUCACAAAGACAGAAGCUUCUGGUGACGGUGACAGCUGUCACAGACAUUCCAACCUAUAACAGGACAGGUGGCAACUCGUGGCAGGUGCAUCUUGUUCUUUUACCUAUAAAGAAACAGAGAGCCAAAACCAGCAUCCAGAGAGGACCAUGCCCUGUCUUCACAGAAACAUUCAAAUUUAACCACGUUGAAUCAGAGAUGAUUGGAAACUAUGCAGUUAGGUUUAGACUGUACGGUGUUCAUCGUAUGAAGAAAGAAAAGAUUGUGGGGGAAAAGAUUUUUUAUUUAACGAAGUUGAAUCUUCAAGGGAAAAUGUCAUUACCGGUGAUACUGGAGCCUUCCUACAACCCUUCUGGCUGUGACUCCCAGGUGAGCUUGUCAGAAGUGUCCUGUGGUGAAAGUACAUCCUCCUGUCAGUCCCUUGAACACGGCUCCGUUCCAGAGAUCCUCAUUGGGCUCCUUUACAAUGCCACCACGGGACGGCUAUCAGCAGAAGUCAUCAAAGGCAGCCACUUCAAAAACCUGGCAGCAAACAGACCACCCAAUACAUAUGUUAAAUUAACACUGCUGAAUUCCAUGGGCCAAGAGAUGUCCAAGUGCAAGACAUCCACCCGCAGAGGGCAGCCAAACCCGGUGUACAAGGAAACUUUUGUUUUUCAAGUGGCCUUGUUUCAACUUUCUGAUGUGACUCUGAUACUGUCUGUGUAUAACAAGCGCAGCAUGAAAAGAAAGGAGAUGAUAGGCUGGAUUUCCUUAGGUCUCAACAGCUCUGGGGAGGAGGAGCUCAGACACUGGACUGCAAUGAAGGAGUCCAAGGGACAGCAAGUGUGCAGGUGGCACACCCUGCUGGAGUCCUGAGCAAGGAGCUGCUCCCUGAAGAGUCCUCGUCGACACCCUGCCACAAUGCUCCACUCUUUGGGAAGGACCAUCAGUGCUGAGCUGAGGGAACGGGGCUUUGUCUCUGGUAGAGCUCUGUGAGAAACCAAGAAAUUUGUCAGUGUCCAGCAGUCCUCCAGAAAUUGAAGUACAUGCUUUUGAUUUGAAUUUUAUUUUAUUUAGUGAAAAAGCUAGGAAUUUUGUGGUGAUUGUGGUUUUUAAACCAAAAUUUCCAUUGUAGCACUGCAUAUCAUCGUCCACAUACUACCCAUAAAGCGUUAUGUCGGCCAGUCCUUGGAUGAAGCUCAGCGAUCACGGUCACAUCUCCAGGCUCGUUCACACUGAUGAUAGUUUCAUCUCAGAUGUGGUCCUCUGUGCCUCAGUCUUUCUUAUAGUACUAAACCCAAGUGCAAACUUCCCCGAAGCAAAGUUUAAGCUUGGUUUCUUUGAAGUUUGUCUUUGCUUCUAUUUAUUUAUUUAUCUAUCUAUCUAUCUAUUAUUUAUUUAUUUAUUCCAAAGAGACUAUGCCCCAUUGGUCCCUUGCAAACUUUUCUGACUGUACUGCAGAAACUUCAUAACUUUAUGGUCGAGUCCUUUGUGUACUCUAUGUCCCAAUGGAGAAAAUGGUAGAGCAAACUCUCAUUUGGAAUCGCUUUUAUGAUCAGUUUUCGCAGCUGUGUGAUGUGGCAGGCAUGGUGGGUAAUUGUUGCAAAUGGAACACAUUCUAGUUAAAGGAGUUUUGACUAUCUGUUCCUAGUGUUGAGCCUGCAGGCAGCAUCGGAACAGGCUCCUGGGGUCCUUAUUCACUCUGAUUUCUUUGUGGUUCUCAGCUUUAAUACAGUUAGGAGCAUUCUGAGAUCCCUGUGUUCUAGUGACUUGUGCUGGGUUUUGUGACGUCUUCAGCGUGAUGUCACCCUGUGCCUUUCAUGCAAGUUGACCUUGCUUACACAGCUGGGAAGCCGUAUUUGCAAACUUGGCCUUCAGCACUCACAGGAGUGAAGCCCUCAGCUGCCAUGCCAAUGCCGCUCUCUGCAGCGUGGGAGGCAGCGCGCUUGCUGGCCUCCUCAUGGUCGAGCACUUUCUGGUCUUGUCUUCAUAUUUAGAAACCAUAGGCCAAUUGGAUAUAACAGAAGCUAUUUUCCUUUAGUUUUCCUUCUUACCUGACAGAAAUGGUAUGUCUAUGCUUUACUAGAGCAUGUUGUGUCUGUGAAAUGGUUUUCCUUCUGCUCUUUCACAUUCCUCGUUCAACCUGACAAAAAUGUGUUAUUUACCAACUAAUGAAAAGUUGUGUCGCGGUUUGAUCCCAGCUGAGCACUCUGUACUGUUACUGUGAGCUAGAAUUCACCGAACCCAGACUAGCAGAGCCGCACACUGACGGGUAAGAAUGUAAUAGUACUGAAAGGCCUUAAACACACCCGGAAGGCUUUGAGCACCUACAUUUUAGCUUAAAAGAAGGCAUCUCUUUGCUUUCAAACACAGAAUCUUAAGAGGAAAAGAUACAGACAGAAAGCAUGAAGUUAGUUAAAAGGCAGAAAUUUCAGAGCCCAGCAUAGUGGCUUAUCCCUGUAAUGCUAGUACUUGGAAGGCUGAGGCAGGAGGAUUGCUGUGAGUUUGACAGUAGCCAAACCAUCCUGGACUACAGAGUGAGAACUUUAAAAAAAAAAAAGUAGCAUUAAAAAGACAGCAUUAGGGCUGGGGAUAUGGCUCAGCCACUGAAGGCCAGGUUCACCACCAAAAUAAAGAAAAGGCCCCUCUACCACUCGACUAGUGAGCAUUCCAGGUCUGGUUUGGGGAGAGAGGGUGUUCUUUCUUUCUUUUGUUAUUUUUUUAAGUGUUAUUGAAGAACAUAGUAAGGCAAAAUGUGAAGAAGGCUAUAGGUUACUCUGAAAAUUGGGUGCAGGCAUUUGAUGCUAAGUGAGCUUUUACCUGCUUUGAAACAGUCACCCUCGUGACUAACAACUGCUGUCUUCCUAAACAAAGUCACUGGUCUUGUUUGUGACGAAGUUCAGUUGGACAUUAUAAAACCAGCUUGGUGCUUUCACUGUGUGGAGAGGAAAACCUGUUACUUGUUCACCCUCCUUUCUGGAGCCUGCCCAGAACUGUAGGUACUCCCAAAGAUCCUCAGGGGUGUCUGUUGUAGGUGUCCCUUCAUGUACAGCCUGGAACGUGAUUUCAGUCUUCUCUAACUUCAGGAACAGACCUCCCACCCUCUGUCCAUUUUCCAAGUCCUCAAUGAUUAUAAAUUGGGUGUGCCUGUAACUGCACACACAGCACAGUGUGCUGCGCACAGGCAAAGGCGAAGGUACCGCCUUUCCACGUAACCCGACAGGAAGGCGUUCCUCUGCAGGCCAUGGGCUGCUGUUUCUCCUCUGUAAAAUUUCUAAAUGUGAUAUUAGGUUUAAAGCCAAGUGCUGCCAUUCUGCCACAGAUACACAAAUAUGCAUCUUUUUCUCUCCUGUGAUUUUACGUAAAUACUUUCCCAAAUUAUCUGAGUCACAGAUGUUGACUCAGAAUCUUGAAAAUGACAGUCUACACUCUUACUGUCUUGCUAAAAUCAAAUGAAAUAUCCAGACUCCACAGCUGACUGGAAUAUGGGGUAGUCUCAGCUUCCUCAGUGUGGCUGUGGGCUGCUGUCCAGGAGCGCAGUAUUGUCUGACCUCAGAAGCAAGCUUCUGUAAUUGUGGAGCCCGAGUACCAACCACCUUGUAUUGAAAUUACAGCUGCAUAUUAUCUCACUGCAUUUUGAUGAGUUCUGAGUACUGUGUUGACUAACAAAAGUUAUUUAUUAGACCAUGUUUUAAGAAAAAGAAAAAAUACUUAAACUGCCUGGAUGACUGUGCUACUGUGAAGUUGAGCGUUGGCUGGGGUCAGAUCUGAUCUGUGCAAAACACAGCUCUCUGUGUUACAUCACCGCUUCCUCCUGGGCUAGGAGCGUGAUCAGUGCCUGGGAGUCUGACCACAUCACUAGACAAACAGAAACAGUCUAGGCUGUCCUUGACAAUGAGGAAUACAAAUGCUAUCAUAGCUUUCUAGGGAGUUAAGAAACAGGAGAGUUGUUUAAAGUGUACUUGGUAGAAGACCAGUGGUCACCAACCAGUUUUUUCAAAAUCCUUGUUCAGCUAUCAAUAGGAAAGACACAAAGUUCAUUAGCAGAAAUAUUUAUGUCCAUAGACUGGAGAAUUCAUAGAAAAAUUUACAUUCCUGGUUGUUAUUCCUAAGUUUCUUUCUCUUACUCUCUUUAUAAUCCGUUUCUUCCUCCUCAUCUGGCACUGGAGAGUGACCAUCCGUGUCAUUGUCACCGGCAGUCUGAUGCUAAGACAAGGUGGGGCGUGCAGGGAAGCCCUUCAAACACGCUACAGCGCUGACAGUGUUACAGCUAUAACUUAGUCAGGAACUGAGACGAUAAUUGGUUGUUGUAUUUGAUUCUCACAACAUAUUAAGAGGCAAGUAGCAUCACUAGUGUUUUCUCUGUGAAGAAGCUGCUGCUGGGGGACCUGAGCUGAACCCCCUAAGGUUGCCCCUCUUUUAAGUGAACCACAGUAGGCUUGGGUCACUUCAAGCCCACUUAUGCACAUUGUAUCUUCACCCUCUUUAUUAUGAGUGAAAAAAGCAGCAUUGUGCUGGGGCAAUUUCUGCCCAGCUUAUCUGAACGGCAGAGAUAGGCCCGAGAGAGUAGAGAGUGAAAAGACAGCUGAGGGGCUUGAGGGGCUUGAGGGGCUUGAGGGGCUUGCCUUCUCGGGACAGCCGAGGGACUUGCCUUCUCGGGACAGCCGAGGGCUUGCCUUCUCGGGACAGCCGAGGGACUUGCCUUCUCGGGACAGCCGAGGGGCUUGCCUUCUCAGGACAAAUGGUAUUUAGGUAUCAUAAUUUGGGGGUGAUUUUUAUUUUUAAGGACUUGAGCUUUGUUUGCUGUGUCUACACUGUACUUGUAUUCUGACAAUAUAUCAAUUCAGUUGUUCUUCUUGACCAAGUUAUUUUCAUUAUCUGUAUACACUUUCCUACCCUGUGAAAUGGCAGGCUAUCUGCUAACCCACACUCAUGUUGGAGUCAGAGGAGAGAUUGCUGCCUUUCUGCACACGUUUAUGUUCUGUUGAUAUUACAGAAUGCACACCUAGCUUCCUUCCCUCCGUUGUUAGUGUUUGCACACAGCAAGUACUGAUGAAUGAAAUCUCUUUGGUAGAGUCGGCACUACUGUUCGUGAAUCUUGUUCACUGACUGAGUUCUCUUUCUCCCUUUAAUGUCUAUGCAUGAGCAUCCCCGCUGUGCCGUGCGCUGUUGUAGGGGCUACAAGUCGGAUGGAUGGACAGCCCUCCCUCACGAUCCUGUGUGCUACGGUAUUGAGACUGGCAUUGAAUGACGUCUUCCCAUAAGAUGCGAGGCUAGAGAACAACAUGUACAGGGGCUGGCCCUGAGUACUAGUACUAGACAGUGAGAAAACAUAGGAGGUGGACUCCCACCAAGAACCCCAGAAAGCACAGAAGUGACCCCCAGUUUGUAAUGUACCUAAGAAUUCUCUCUAGGUUCUGUCCAGAGAUUCUGUUCAGAGGUGUAAAGGAAAAGCCUGAGAGUCUAGGGCUGAAUGAGCUCCCCAGGAAGUUCUACCCGAGCAGUCGAGCAGUCUGGGACAUAACACUUUGUUUCUUAUCUGCAGUUGUUGGCAGCAGUUUCGUACCCAUAGAUAAAGCCUUAGUGCAGCAGUGGUGAGGUCUGUAGUUUCUGAGUGAUUGAAACAUUUCUGAGGAGGGCAGCUUCUUGGGAAUGAAAAAUCUGAGGCCAUUGUGUCUUACUCUCUCCUCCAAAUCUCUCUCAUGUUGCUUUAAGAAAAUUAUUUCCAAAAAUGCAAAACUAAAGCUAAUACCAUAAAGUUAAAGAAAGGCCUUUUUAGAGGUGAUGAUGUCUUUCUGGCAGUUUUGUAGGAUAAAUAACUGGGGAUAUUACUAUGUCCUGUAAUGCACUGUCAUUUCCUGGCUGAGAGGAAACCAGAACAGCUUUGACAAGUGUACUGACGCUGCCCUCAAGUGUUGGGAUUAUUUCAAGCACAGCUGGAAAUGUGUGGCGGGACUCACAAGUAAUUUGAGUUUACCACAAGAAAAGGUAUGGAAAUAACAUAUUUUUAAAAUUCACUUAUUAUCUGUCUAUAUAGUUUUGUUUCAAUAACUUUCUGAUGAAACAAAACCGCAAUCCCGAGGCAUCUUCAAGCUGACAGAGAAGGGACAGCCUUGGCCUCAGCUGGCAGUGACUGCCACGUCCCAGCAACUUGGCUGGACUUGAUCCUGACUUCCGACAUACGGUGGUGUAUCAGAACUGUCUCUCAGUGCUUGAGCUAUGAAUUUUAAGAAUCUGUUAAGUGUUGGACUUAGUCUUUUUCUAAAACUUAAGAGGUUCAUCACUGCUUGGUACCUCUGCACUGGGACUUUGCUUCUCAAACUAAUGUAAUUUUUAUAGAAAAACUCAGAAUCAGUGGGUCUUUUUAUUCAGUUUCCCCUUUCCUUACUCUCUUCCCCAUCCUCUCUUCCUUUCUUUCAGUUUUUGAGGCAAGAAGCUUCCUGAUAGUCUAGUUUAUACGGAGCUUUCUUACUUAUUUUUCUAAUAAUAGGUGUACCGAAUGGUAACAUUUAACUGCUCUGUGAGCAGAGUUGUCUCAACCAACCCGAAGAAAUGUGCUGCCUAUUGGUGUUUCCUGUGUCUCAACUCUCUAACCUGUUUGCUAGCGACUCUCACCCAUGAGUGGACUUUCUCGUGUACAUAGUAUGUCCAUGUGGUCAUCAGCAGUGUUGUGCUGUUGUCGCGUGUUUAUAUGCACUUGAUCAAAACUAGACGCUGACAAGUGUGUGAGCCAUCCUUCUGUAGCGUGGACGACCGAACCGCCUUCGUGUUGCUGGAGUGGCGCUGUGCGUUGUUGCCUUUAACUCUCAUACCUUCCUUUGUGCUCUCUACACCGACUGUCACGGUGCCUUUUCCCUUUUGUAUAAUUGUAUUACAUAAAGAAAUUGCUGAUCUGUGUGUAAAAAUGUUAAAAUUACACCAGUCCACGGAUAUUUUAAUGGCAGUUCAAUUUUCCAGAGAAUAAAUUUUUGUGUGCAUUAAACGUUAUUUUUCUUCACGUUUUUGUAAAAAAAAAAAAAAAAGGUUCCAAUUUUAGCAUUCACGUGGAAUGGAAAAACAUCCAUCUUCUUUGAUGAUGAUACAUAAAAUUCAUUCCUAAUUCUCACUGGCAACGAAGUGUCAACAUGGCUGUUACACAGAAUGAGCUAAUGUCAUUUCCCUAUACAAAUAUCAAGUAGGUCCGGAUGUCCCCAAGAUUGGGUUUGAAAAGAAUCAUAUAGGCUAUCAAAUACUUUUGUCAAAAUAUUUGGAUCAUAUUUUUUUCACUGGGAGUCAAAUCUGACCACUGAAGAAGACUCCAGGUAAACAUUUUAAAAUGAUUCCUUGAAAGUUCAUAUAAAUCAAGAAAGGGGUAAGUUGUUUGGACAAGCUGAGCCCCUUAGCUGGAAUGUGGCGUGGAUCCCAUCGCCCAGCUUUGUCUUCCCUUGGCCGCGGCUGUCCUCACUUCCAUGGAUUCCUGUGAACAAGCCCUUUCUAAAGGUAGCAGUAUACAGUAUACUGUCUGCCAAAGCCCCCGAGUUCAGGUUCUUUUCAUAUUACUUUACCGUGUCUAUUUUGUUUCCAGGAUAACAACCAGUUUAACAAAUACUUAAGCAUUUGGUGCUUUAGUCUGACAGCAACUGAGGUUACUGAGGUUGCUACAUCACCUUAUUUCUGAUUGACUGACCAGCCUUUUCUUUUUCUUUGGCUUUUUGAGGUAGUGGAGCACCAACCAGUACCUACUUGGUCUGGUUUCCUUUUUUUCUUUCUUUCUUUCUUUCUUUCUUUCUUUCUUUCUUUCUUUCUUUCUUUCUUCUCUUUUCUUGUUGUAAGGAGUAAUUUAUUCUACACAAUGGAAAUGCAUUUCUUCUCAAAAUAAAUAUAUUCAUAACAUGCUCCUCAGUGACAGCAAAGUACUUUGUAUCUUUUCCUGGUAUCCACUGGUUAAUUCUCCCACCCCAAAGAUUUGCUUCUCAGUGUUCUCAAAGUUUCUAAAUUCUAAACAAUGCCUCAAUUGGGGUUGAUUUGUUAGUUAGUUGGUACUUGGAAACUAUGCAUAUGAGUCAUGACUUCCUCUUUCCAGAGAAUUACAAUAGAUAAAAGGUGAAAUUCCAGCAGAGAGUUGGUCCUUCUGCGGUCUCACUAGAAAAUGGUAAGUUAUCAUUUUCUACUAUUAAAAGAUACAUUUAUCACCACAACAUGUUACUCAGAAGGUUACAUCUUAAUUGCAAGUUGCUUGUAACUCCUUCUCCAGCAUGCCAAACAAUAUUUAAGUCAAUUCUUCACUUGCAAGACUAUCCAAAUAUUCCUUAAUGUUUCUUAUUUGAAAAUAAAGUCAUUGCCAACUUAAAAUUAUGAGACCUUAGUAAAAAUAUGGAAUAUUUGUUUGGCUGGUACAUGAGAAUGAAUUAUAAAAAUAUAAAUUACUAAAUGUGAAGUAAUUAAAUGCCACACAAAAGGGAAUAAAUAACAGUCAUGAACUGACUUAACAUGUUGUGUGUCUGAGAAAGGUGUUGUUGAGUGAUUCUGUCAUUGUCUGGAGAAAUCUGUGAAGUCCUAGUGUCUGUAGCUGAGCAUCCUGCAAGCCAUCCAUGUUGGCAGUUUUCCAGGUCUUAGCCACCCUAAGAGUUGAGGAGCAGAUCUCACAGGUAAGGUGGCUGGCCAGCAGGCACAAGAAUCUGCCUGUCUCUACCUAAGCCUCCAGGCCUCGCUUGCUGUUCCUUUUUAAGCAUGAGUAAGGAUAUCCACGCUCUGGCCAUGUUGAACAGAAGCCAGGGAACUCAGGGAGGUUUCAAGCUUUCAGACCUGAAAAUGUGGCUGACAAGCGUGGAACUGUGACACUGGGUGGGUGGCUGGGCUCAUCCCCUGGCACUCCCUGAUACAUGUCUGUGGAGUUUUCAUUCCGCCUCUUCCUGCUUGGUGGAGAGACGUUCUUUCCCGUGCAUCCUCUUCACACAGCCGGACUGUGCUGCACUGGGGCCUUCUGACAAGCCUGCUGCCCGUGUGUCCUGCCCUCC